AUGGUCAUGGCAAGUGACGCUUCUGAGCAUGUCACGUCGCCUUCUACCAUAGUCGUCGACCACGAUGGCUCUCGUCAGGGUGCUCCUUCCGAGGUCAAUCUUUUGACCCUGAAUUGCUGGGGUCUUCGCUACAUUUCGACUCAACGUAACGCGCGACUAGACGAGAUCGGCCAUAGAAUUGCACACGCUGUACCUACACCGCAAAUCGUCGCUUUGCAGGAAUGUUUUACACAGGAGGAUUAUCAGGCUAUUCGUCACCAUACUCGCCAAAUUCUUCCCUAUGGCAAGUUUUACCAUAGCGGCGCCUUCGGGGGUGGUUUGGCCAUCUUGAGUCACUGGCCUAUUGAGGAAAGCACCAUGUUCAAAUAUCCUCUCAAUGGACGUCCGACCGCCUUUUGGAGAGGAGAUUGGUAUGUGGGUAAGGGUAUCGCAUGUGCGAAGAUUCGCUUUGGGCCAAGAAGAAAGGAUAUCAUCGAGGUCUUCAACACUCAUACUCACGCCCCUUACGAGCCUGAACCCGUGAGUACCUACACUUGCCAUCAAGUUGCUCAGUCAUGGGAAAUGUCGAAGCUUUUACGCGGUGCUGCUGAACGAGGACAUCUCGUUGUUGGCAUGGGUGACUUUAACAUGCUCCCCUUGUCCAUAUUCCACCGUGUUAUCACAGGAUGUGCGCCUGUUCGCGAUGUUUGGCGAAUUCUUCAUCCAGAUAGCUCUCUUGGUCCUGCUUACCACCCUUCUGAGAAGGAACGCCACCGCCCUUUACCUACAGCUGACUUCAACCUCCUCGAGAAUGGCGCAACUAGCAAUUCCGUCUACAACACCUGGCGUUGGAACAAGAAUCAGCAGAAUCGUCUCAAAAAGGGCGAUAUUUGUGAAGUCCCACCUGACACGAUCGACUCUAGAGGUCAACGCCUUGAUUAUAUAUUUGCUUCGACAGGUGUCGACCCUGAUGCUCCAGCCACCACCCCCGGCUGGAUCGUCAAAUCCGCUCACGUUUCAAUGACUGAACGACAUCCCGACCUUCUUUGUUCGCUCUCGGAUCACUUCGCCGUCCAAGCUACUCUCACCCGGCACACUCCUUCUCCGGCGCCUACUCCAGUUGAUCCUCGCUCUGAGACUCCUUCUGCGGCUCUCCAGACCGGUGCGUACUUGGCUCCCAGCAGUCCAGCUAGCAGCAUACAUGCUGGUGAUGCAGCGCAGACUGCCGAUCCGGAUACUCAGCUCAAGCGUGGCCGCUCCUCCAGCCGUGACUCUUUGCAAGCAUCCACAUACGAUGAGAUUCUUGGCAUGAUUCAAAAGUAUCACUCCCGUGAACUCCAGCAACGCUUUUGGCGUGGUGUACAUUUCUUUGUUGCAUUGUUUAUCUGGUUCGCAUGUCUUGUUGCUGUGUGGUUCAGCCCUGAGAAUUUUGUUGCAUUCAUCCUUAUGCUGAUCAGCAGUCUAAGCUUGGUUGCAGGCGUUAUCGAUGGCCUUCUCUCCCUACUCUUCUUUUCCUGGGAGAUUCGCGGUUUGAAAGAAUUUGAAUGGGAAAUCCGUAAUGCCAAGGCUGUAGCUUCGGGUGACCCUACUGCAUUGAUGGACUCCGAGGCAUAUCUUACUGGGCAGAGACCCAAAUCUCAAUGA